UCGUCACCAGGAAGGCUCAUCGUAUUCUGCGACGGCACUUGGUGUGGUCCAGAGCAUGGCACGCGAACUAACAUUCAGCUACUAGCUGAGAUGACCGGUAUUGACGUGGAGUCAGCAAAAGGUCCACGAGAAAUCACGGAUCUUUCACGGCAGUUAAAAGCCAAGUAUUUCAAUGGAAUAGCUUGCAACUACCUGUCUUAUGGCAUGGGCGGACCGGCCGACAACAUUGAACGACUCUGCCUGGAUAUCUACCGCUACAUCGCACAAUGGUACAAACAAGAAACCGAAAUAUGGCUUUUCGGUCUCGGACGAGGAGCAUACGCGUUGCGCUGCGUGGUCGGCAUGAUCAACAAUUGCGGCAUCGUGAAAGAUCCCAAUGACGACCUUUGCAACUUGGUCCAUCGGACUUACCUAUCACCUUGCAAGAAUGACAAGCCGUCUUCAGCACAGAGUAUAGACUUCCGCAAAAGGGCCAGCUGGGACGUUGUCACCCCCAUAAAGCUUUUGGUUCUGCUAGACACGCUCGGCACCAUCGACCCUGACACUACUGGAUAUGCCACCAAAUCUCCCACCUUACGGGAUGAAGUCAUCCCAAGCACUGUAGACAAAGUCCUUCAUGCUUGUUCUAUUCACGACCGCUUUUCUCUCUUUCAGCCCUGCCUGGCUACGAAGGCAGAGCACAGAGCCUUGCCUGAGGUACAUGAGGUUUGGUUCCCAGGCUGUCAUUACGACAUUGGAAGACAACACUGUCAAUUUUUCUCUGGGAGCUGGCUGUACUGUAUUCCGAGCAUGUUGACUGGCAAUGUGGAACCUAAUCACGUGCUCAGCAAUGUAGUCAUAUGCUGGAUUCUACGGUUCAUUGCCCGAGAGUUUCGUUCUCAGGGAGUCUUCCAGGACCUUCAUUGGCAGAUCUCCUUCCUCAAGAAGUCGAUUCGAACAGCCUCCACGCGCACUGGAUCUGGCGAUGCGUAUGGACCUGCAAGAACACUCCAGUACGCGCCGUUCGGCCGAGUGCUCAGUCGGCUCCCUCUGGUGUCCAGAAUUGCCGACAAAGCUUCAUUUAUCAUCCCACUGAGGGACCGAAGGAUAUCUGACGGUGCAGCCAACGUCAUGAGAUUUGACAUGUCGAAUCAACCAGGCGACGAGAAGAGCCUAGCCGACCUGGCAAAAAUCGACCCUCAGAGCUAUCCCUCCAGAACUUAUGAAGACUGGAAGGCGUGGAAAAACUACACAGCGAACGCUGACGAG